CUCAACCUGGCUGCGUGGAAGACCUCCCUUGUCUUGCCCAUCACACUCGUCGUCUGCUUUUUCUUCCAUCGCUAUGCCAUCGCCCCUUUGACUGAUGAACUCGCAAGACUGCCCACAGUCCGAUACCGAUGGUUCCUCCCCGACGCCCUCAACCGAAUCGCGUUCUACUUUUACGGACGCGAUCAAAUCGCUCAGGGUUACAAAAAGUACAAGGAUCGUGCAUUCCGGCUCCUUACCACGGACGGUGACUUGGUUGUUUUGCCGCUCAAGUAUCUAUGGGAGAUCGAGCACUUGCCCAUGACCACGCUGAGCGCUACUAGAGCACGACAUAAGAUUCUCCUGAGCGAGUGCACUGACGUAGUCAGAGGGAGUACAAAUGUAUCUCGUGCAGUGGCCGAGAUGAGCCAGCAGGAUCAUCAGCACAUUGCUAUGCAGUUCAACGAUGAAGUUCACAAGGCGCUCUACGUCGAAGUCCCAAGAUGUCACCCAGACAAAUGGACGCCCGUCAACCUCUACAAACUAGUCCUCAAGCUCAUCAGCCGCGCCACCGCCCGCUUCACCGUGGGCGAAGAGCUCUACCUGAACGAGCUCUGGCUCGAAACAGUCCCCAGCUACACAAGCGACAGCCUCACAACCAUCAUCCUCCUGCGUCCCGUGCCCCAGUUCCUACGAGCGCUCGUCGCCCGACUUCUUCCCAGCCUCCGCCGGGCCCGCGCAAGAGCGCGCUGGGCCCAGACCGAGCUGCUCAUCCCCACGAUCCGAUCGCGCCAACACAAGGAAGUCCACGACAGUGCCUACCAAAAGCCGCAGGACCUCAUGCAGCGGAUAAUGGACACGGCCACGACGAACUUCGACCGCGACCCAGCCAACAUCGCCCAAGCGCUGAUGUCGACCAUCACGAUCUCGAUCGUCCACCCGCUCACCAACCUCGUCACGCACGCCGUCUACGACGCUCUCACCCAGGGCCAGGGCCAGGGCCAGGGCCAGCAGACCAUCGACCCGCUCCGGACUGAAACUGAGAGAAUCCUAUCCCUCCUCGAGCACGACGACGAAUCCGGUCUCAUCCUCCGUCCAUACCAAUGCCUCAUGGACAGUUUCCUCCGAGAAGUCCUGCGCUGGAACCCGCUGAGCGAACGUGACACCGAACCCCUAACCCUCCCCGCACUCACCCAAAUCGCCUUCCCAGCGGGCCCUCUCUCCCGCGACGCCGCCAUGAUCCCGCACGCCGAGCGCUUCGACCCCUUCCGGUGGACCCGGGACCCCCUCGAGGUCCUCCCCCUGCUCCGCCCGGACACGAUCGACCCGCGGCUCCGCAGGGCCGUCGCCUUCGACACCGGACUGGCGGACUCCAGCCCGGUCAAUCUGCACUUCGGGUGGGGGAAGGACAAGGACCGCGCCGCUGCGGCGAGGACGUGUCCCGGCCGACAUCUCGCGGCGCGCUUGGCGGCUUUGGCGCUGGGUGGUCUGCUUGUGCGGUACGAUCUGCGGCUGUUUCCGGGGGAGAGGAGGCGCAGGCCUGCGAAUUUGGGGGCGGGGGAGUUGGUCUUUCCCAAUCCUGGGGUGAGGGUUUUGGUGAGGGAGAGG